UCUCGUCCUACUUAGUGUCCUUUCAUUCCUCUCCACCAAGCUUGUUCAAUUUGCUUCAGAAUUGGGGGAAGAAAUUACAGCUGGAAAAUGCAUGAACGAGUUUUUAAAACCUACAGGUUCUUCUGACUUUAGAAUCAGAAUUUAUAUUGCCAGGUAAAGAUAAAUGCAGAUGUUGGACCAUGUCAAAAAUCUUGUCAAGAGAGUGGAUUGUUUCAUACAGAAAUGAGAUGUGGCUUCUGAUUCUGGUGGCGUACUUGUUCCAGAGAAAUGUGAAUUCAGGACACAUGCCUACAAUAGCUGUGGACCCAGAAGCAUUCAUGAAUAUUAGCGAAAUCAUCCAACACAAAGGCUAUCCCUGUGAGGAGUAUGAAGUUGCAACAGAAGAUGGAUAUAUCCUUUCUGUUAACAGGAUUCCACAAGGCCUUGUGCAACAUAAAAAGACAGGUCCCAGGCCUGUGGUGUUACUGCAGCAUGGCCUGUUUGGAGCUGCUAGCAACUGGAUUUCCAACCUGCCCAACAACAGCCUGGGCUUCAUUCUGGCAGAUGCUGGUUUUGAUGUGUGGAUGGGGAAUAGCAGGGGAAACACCUGGUCUCGGAAACACAAGACCCUCUCCAUAGACCAAGAUGAGUUCUGGGCUUUCAGUUAUGACGAGAUGGCUAGGUUUGACCUUCCUGCAGUCAUAAACUUUAUUUUGCAGAAAACAGGUCAGGAAAAGAUCUAUUAUGUCGGCUAUUCACAGGGCACCACCAUAGGUUUUAUUGCCUUUUCGACCAUGCCAGAGCUGGCUCAGAAAAUAAAAACGUAUUUUGCUUUAGCACCCAUAGCAACCAUUAAAUAUGCAAAAAGCCCUGGGGCCAAAUUUUUGUUGCUGCCAGAUAUGAUGAUCAAGGGAUUGUUUGGCAAAAAAGAAUUUCUGUACCAGACCAGAUUUCUCAGACAGUUUGUUAUUUACCUUUGUGGCCAAGUGGUUCUCGAUCAGAUUUGUAGCAACAUCAUGUUACUCCUUGGAGGAUUUAAUGCGAACAAUAUGAAUAUGAGCCGAGUAAAUGUCUAUGUCGCUCACACUCCUGCUGGAACAUCUGUGCAAAAUAUCUUACACUGGAGCCAGGCAGUGAAUUCUGGGGAACUCCGGGCAUUUGACUGGGGCAGCGAGACCAAAAAUCUGGAGAAAAGCAAUCAGCCAACUCCUGUAAGGUACAAAGUUAGAGACAUGACGGUCCCUACGGCAAUGUGGACUGGAGGUCAGGACUGGCUUUCAAAUCCAGAAGAUGUGAGAACCCUGCUCUCCGAGGUGACCCACCUCAUCUACCAUAAGAACAUUCCCGAAUGGGCUCAUGCGGAUUUCAUUUGGGGUUUGGAUGCCCCUCACCGUAUGUAUAAUGAAAUCAUACAUCUGAUGAAGCAGGAAGAGACCAGCCUUUCCCAGGGAACUUUCGGUGUCAGCUUGUAAAGUCUCUGAUACGGACAAGUCUUAGGAAAAACCUCAUGGAAGAUAUGACCGGAAAAUGGGGCCGGGAUCUACAGAUGGAGGAUUUUAAAGAUUUCCAGCAUUGGAAGCCUAGCUUUUAGUAGAAGGGAGAUAGUGAAAGGAAGGCAAAGAUAUAAUAUACAUUCUUUCAGAUUAACUGCCCUAGAACUGACAUUUAAUUUUCUUUCAAUAAAUUAAACUACUCGUGGAGUGAACAUAGGUUUCCUGUGCUAUUAUAUAUUCUGCCAUCUUAAAGGGUAGGUUUUACGUGACAGCUAAAAAUUAUCUAGAUUUUCUUUAUGUCAUUCAGGUAAACCUCCUUAAAACGUUUUUUUCUAUGAGCCAUUUUUUUGGAGUAACAAAGUGAAAGGACAAAUUGGGACAGAGGCAGAGGUCUUGAAUCUCUGGAUCGUUGUUGAAUUUGAGAAAAUAGUCUAAACGUUUCUACCUUAUUGCUACAGAAACAUAGCACGACCUCAGGAAGCCACAGUGCUUUAACAAAAGAAGAAAAAGAAAACUCAAUGAAUAAUAUAGAAGAAAAGGCCAAGUUUUAUAGUUUAGUGUCAGAGAAGAUACUUUUGUAGGAUAUUUAUGAGGUUUCCAAUAAAUGAACUAUGCAUUGCGUAAACUACCCGUGUGUGUCAGGACCUAAAUUCUAGUCCUAACUCGUUUGAGAGUUGACAGCUUGUUGCUAGGAGACCUACUGGCUACAAAUGUCUGGCCCAGCUUUCUGCCUUCAAAAAUUAAAAGCUGGGAAGAGAGUUUUAUAAUGUUAUGAACAUAAUGAAACAAAUCAUGUAUUUUAUCCUUUGCUCUUGACAAAGAUACUGUUAGACAAUCACCUCAACUUAUUUACAAACAUGAAUUUAUUUCUUUAGAAAAAUUGUUGUAUUUUCACACAGCUUCAAAGACAUUUUAUUCAAUGAUAAAUUACAUGGUAUGGUUAUUUUGCAAAACGCUGACAUCACAUCAAAGGUAAACUGGUACUGUGUUGAAGGUAUACCGAUGUGUGAAGUUCCUUUUUUUUUUAAAACUUCCCCAGAGUCACCUGAUAACUCGGUUCAAUAUGAAUGGAUCUUAAUGUGUUAGGAGAUAUUUAAGGGCUUCAGAAUCUAUAUCUAUACACUGCUACUUCCCUCACCAAAUAUGUGCCUUAAGGCUCUGUGCACAGUUCAAUAAAUAUUACUGGAUUUUAUUUUUAUUAGACCUUUGUUCUGUUCAAGGAUGGUAAAUCUUUCAUGCUUAGACUGUAUUUGUUACUACCCAUGGUGUGGUUUAGUCCAUGUCUAAAGAUGUUCAUAAGUCAGUCUUGCUUUGCAAAAUCUAGUCAUUUUAAUAUGCGAUUAUUUCUGCUCUGUCUCCCUGACAAAGCACUUAAGACAAAUAUUUCCAUAUUCACGAUCUCUCCUAUAGAAGUAUAAUCCAGACACCACCUCAUCAUAUAGCUCUAUUUCUUAUAAAGAAAAUCCUUUCUCCCAACAAUUUACACUAAUAUUAAUUUUAUCAACAACGAAUACACCAUACUAACAAACUUAGUCAUGCCUUGCAUUCCCAAGAGAAUUAUACAGAUAUUUUUGAACAGUUUGAUAGUUACAUAAUCUUGUUCAAAAUCAAGACGGCUCUUGUUUGUAAACUGACAACAAAAUGUCUAGAGGUAUGCUAUUACACUGGCUUUCUGGAAAGGAGUACAAAGCCCUGACUCAUGGCAUUUGCCGAUUUCUAUAGAGAAAACUGAUGGAUGAUUUUGAUAAAGUUGUUUCACCAAAGGAAUAUUUACAUAGGACUCUCUAAACCUACACACAUACACU